UCUAUUCUUUCCCCCAUAAAUUCAACACUAAACCUAGAAACAAAGAAAACCCUUAUUUGCUCCAAAGUUGUUCAUUCGCCCUCCAUGUCUUAAUCACUCCCCGAUUCACAGUCAAUUCCCUAUUUAUUAUAUUCAUCAUCCAAACUGAUCCCUUCACAAAAUUAUAUAUACACACACACACACGUACACACGUGUUUGCUGAUUCGUGUGUAUCUAUUUCAAGAUCUAUACUAAUUUUUGUGUGUCUAUUUCAAGAUUUAUACACACAUAUAUCAUAUAUACAUAAAGCUUAAUUCGAAAGUUAACUGCUUGGAAAAAUAUUGGAUCGAUCGGAGGAAUGGAAAGAGGCCGCUUCCAUCGGAAAGCAACGGAGGCCGAUGACGCCGACGAAGAGCCGUCGUCUUAUGCCACGUGGAGCGAAUCCGACGUCUCGGCGAUGGUUUCGGCCCUCAGUCACUUCAUCGGAACUCCUGCCACCUCAUCCGGCGGCGGCGGCGGCGGAGAGGAAAAGUCAAGCCCUUUAGCCAUCUCUGACCCUCCGGUCAAAGAGGAGCUUCAUCAAUCGGAUCGAGUUCAACAAGGCCAAGAUCAACCGAGGAGACAGCACUAUAGAGGCGUGAGGCAGCGACCGUGGGGCAAAUGGGCGGCCGAGAUCCGCGACCCGAAGAAGGCCGCUCGGGUUUGGCUCGGAACGUUCGAGACCGCGGAAGAAGCCGCCUUUGCCUACGACCGGGCCGCCCUCAAAUUCAAAGGCGCCAAGGCCAAGCUCAACUUCCCCGAACGAAUCCAAAUCCCCACCUCCACGACAAGCCACGUGGCACCACACCCCUCCUCAUCUGCCGCGCCGGGAGCGGCGGCGAGUGAUGUGCACGCGCCGCUGGAUGGCUCAUCUUCUUCACACGAUUCUUACAACCAAGACAUACUUCAGUAUGCUCAGCUUCUUACGAGUAACGCUGACGUGGACUUGUCGUAUUAUACUUCGAGCCUUUUCGGACAGCAACCCUUCUCGACGAUGACGUCAUGGUCAUCUCCGUCGUCUUCGUCGUUCACGUCGACGUCUCAACAAGCUCAGCAGGAGGAGGACAAGAACUAUGGUUACGAUUAUUAUAACAACCCGAGAUAUUAGUAUUUAAUCAUAUGAUUAUAUAUCGAUUGGGAAAUAUAAUCAAUAUACGACUUUUAGUGGAAGAUAAGCAAUUUAUAUA